GUACACUGACCAUUGCAGGAAGCUUGCUUCUGGGCGGCCGAAGAGUCAUGCGAAGACGGUGUGGCUUUAUGGUUGCGUUGCUCUUCAUCCCCUGGGACAAUCCGCUCUUCGGCUCGCUGGUGCUCAUCGCGAUUGGUUCAGCCUGCCUUUAUCUCUCAGCUGCAGCUUUUCGAGCCUACUUCCGAGACGUGGAGCUGAUGCAAGAGCACAUACGCUCCUUCCGCGUGCAGAAUGCCAAGUGCACCUGCUGUUCACAGGACCAUGUGUGGGCAGGUAAGAAGAUCCCUUGUGAUCGAGAGAUCGUCGUGGAGUGCAUCACCAGAUGGUUUGGUAGCAUCGCAAACUUCGAGCAGACGGUCCAGAAGACAGUCCUCUCCGCCCUGUGGCACCAGCUUGGCAAUCAUCCGUUCCCAUACUUGUGGCUGAUUGGUGCCUCAGUGCCGAUGGUCUGGGGCCAGAUGGACGCUGUUGCAUCGCAGCUGCGGAGUGGAGACCCGCAAAUGGCGAUCGUGUGGGCGCUCAACGGUGUGAUGUGGUGGCUGGCAGCUUUCCCGGCCUCCUUCGUGAUUUGGGCCAGCCUAACGUGGCGCUUGAGGGCACGGCCUGCCUCCCGCUGCGCGGACGUGCUCAGAAACGUGAUCGGAAUGCUGGCAUUGUUCGUGUUCUUUUGCAUAGUAUGGCUUUUUCAGAGGAUGUGGCUCAGCAUCCUCAAUGAGGACGAUUUACUUGCCUACGCCAGCUUCCUGAGCAUCAUGAUGAUUGUGACGUGUGUUGUCUGGCGCGCCUGGCAGCAGCCCUCCGCCUUCAAGCCGCAGCAGACAGAGCUUUCCCCAAGGGACAGCGAUGCCUGGAGUCUGUCGCUGUCGCUGUAG